GUAUUAAUAACAACAACCGAAACCAAGUUAGCAUGUGGAGGCAGUGCUUGCACGGGAACAAAUCCGUCUUUUCACACACGAGUAAAGCAGCGUUUUGGCCGAGCGCCUUUUUCUUUCACUGUGUAAGCUAACAGGAGUCCCUUUGACCCGGUACCAGCGGCGGCAGCAUGUCGGUGGACAGCGUGUUCCGAACCCGGUCUCUCGGCGUAGCAGCGGUGGGGCUUCCGGACCAGUACGCCGACGGGAAAGCGGCCAAAGUGUGGGAGCUGUACAUCGGAGACACCCAGAGCCGGACCCAGGAGUACAAAAGCUGGCUGGUGGCUCUGCUGAGACAACACGGGAUCCAGAAGGUUCUGGAUGUAGCCUGCGGAACCGGAGUUGACUCCAUCAUGUUGGUCGAGGAAGGCUUCAAUAUGGUCAGUGUGGACGCCAGCGAUAAAAUGCUCAAAUACGCUCUGAAGGCCCGAUGGGAGCGAAGAAAAGAAACGGCUUUCGAUCAGUGGGUGAUCGAAGAAGCCAACUGGCUGACGUUGCCUGAAGAUGUUCAGAAACCGGGAGACGGUUUCGAUGCCGUCAUCUGCCUCGGCAAUUCGUUCGCACAUUUACCAGACUUUAAAGGCGACCAGAGUGACCAGAAGUUGGCUCUUCACAACAUCGCCAGCAUGGUGAGGCCUGGUGGGAUCCUCAUCAUCGACCACCGCAACUACGACUACAUCCUGGAGACCGGGCUGGCGCCACAAGGCAAAAAUAUUUACUACAAGAGCGAUUUAACUCAGGACAUCACCACCUCGGUGCUGUGGGUCAACAGUAAGCCUCACAUGAUCACACUGGACUACACCAUCCAGGCACCACAGGCUGCGCUGCAGAAACUUCCUGAAGUCAGCAAGUUUCGUCUGUCCUACUACCCCCACCGCCUGGAGAGCUUCACAGGUCUGCUGAGGGAGGCCUUCGACGGCAAAAUGCAGCACAGCGUCUACGGUGAUUUUAAGACGUACACUCCAGGUCAGGCUCAGGCUCCUUGCUACUUCAUCCACAUCUGUAAGAAAACAGCCUGAACGGACUGCUGGUAAAAUAACAAGACGGGCUGCUUCCACAGGCCUCCAGGAAACAAAAACCUAGAAAAAAACCAAACAGGAUAUUUGAUAUUCUCGGUCGAAUAAAGAUUUGAGCUACUCAUUAAUGUCAGCUUUAAAGUUAGAUUUCUCUCUCCGUUCUUUAAACAAGUUGAAAAUCAUUUACGAAGUGUUCAUUUUUUCAGGAUGUUGUCUUAAACGUUCUGGAUCACGUUUGUCUUCUGAGCGCUGAUGUUUCCGGCCCACGGACUUUAGAACAUGGUGCAGUUAUUGAUAAUGCACUAUUUGCCAUCAGUAAUUAAUUAAAUAUGUCAGAUAAUUGUGUUUUUAUUUUUUUAAGUUUCCACAUGGGUUUUAAAAACUGAAGUAUUUAGGUGGAAGUAAACUGACUCCCACUUUGAUCACCUCCAUCGUUUCAUAAUUACUGGGGCCUGUUCAUCUCUCAUUCCUCAACUUUUUGCAUAACCUGCUGCCAAAUAUACAGAAUUUCUUGGUUGAACAAGCUUUGCUGCUUCGCCUCAGCCUGGUUUUCUUUUAUUUCCUCAGCAGACUGACAGAUUUUAUAAUUUAUGAUUCUCACCAAUAAUGCCCAACAGGUCACAUCUGUCAACGUAAAGGAGAUUUAAAAAACUGAAGCCCGCAUCAUUCAACAUUAAAAAGUUGGGUUGAACAGACCAAAGAUUGUAACAUAAUUACUCAAACUCAACAUUUGUCUAAAAUCAAAGGAAGAUAUUUAAACUCAGUUUAGUGAUUAUCCAUUUGAAAAGCAGAAAAAAAGAACCGGAAUGUUAAACAUCUCUGCUGCACAAAAAACACUGUGUACUACCUUCGAUUUGUACUUGAAUAUUAUGGAGAAAAUGAUUUGCUUUGAUAUUAAUUCCUCAGGUCAAGCAGAACAAACUUAAAGUGUAAUUUCAGAUAAUUACAGGUUGU